AUGAACAAGUACGUGUUUGUAACUGUAUUUAUGUGUGCUUUGGCAUUAACCAAUGCCAAACCUAGUCACGAUAAAGAAGAAGAAAAUGACUCAUCACCAAAAUCUGAUUUAUCUGAAUUCAAUAAAAUAGCUCAAUACGUCAAUGAUGAAUACAACACCACCGUGUUACUGGACGCUGUUAAAAUGAUAGAGAAAAUCAACGAAAAGUGCCCGAAUAUACAAACACAAAUCGAUAGUGUUGGUGAAGAAGUCCAUAACUGUAUGGUAGGAGUUGAGCUAGGUAACGAUACCCUCUGCCAUAUGGUUAAGACGCAUUUGGUUAGAUGCUUAAAACCAAUCGGAGUGGUCAUCAACACUUGUUUGCCUGAAGAGUCCAAGGGUCUUCCAAUUUUAGUCGAAAAAAUGGUCCAAGGUCUCAUUAACCAAGCUUGUGAAUCUACUGUAGAAGAAAUUUUGGAACUUUUCAACCCAUGCAUCUUUGAAACAGACACUGAGGAUGUGCAUGCUUGUCAAGAAGCUGACGCGGUUAUUGAAGAAUACAGAAACAAACUUCCAUCCAAAUCACUUGUUUGUCAUACUUUACCAAAAGCAAGAAACUGCGUUAAAGCUAUGGUUGAAGGAUCUUGUAAAAACCCAAUCACCCAAAAUUCUGUGUUGAAAUUCCAUGAUGCCGCUGAGCACGCAAUUAAAGAAGAUUGUGAUGUUCUUAAUAAAGCUUAA